GACAUUUUUAGAGAACUUAUGCUCUUGCGUGCCCCUGCGAGGCAUGUGCCUGGCCAUGGGAUAUACGAUGCUGGUACAACCCCUAUUCAAUCUGUUAUGGGUAGCACAUUUCAAUGCACACAUCUGCAACGACAUCCUGACACUCGGUAUCUGUGCGGACUUCAUCAAUUUGUCCUCAUGUGUGUUGCUUCUCUGCGGUAUUUACCGGGAUAAUAGCAGCAUUCUGCCUCUGCACAUCGUGGCGAAGCUUAUUGCUCUGAUUGUGGAAAUGAUUUGCCACCUGAUCCUGGCAUCCGUAGAGAUGUCCCACCCCCUUACGAUGGCCAGAUCCUUUUUCUCCAUUGGAACCACCUUCUUUGACGUACUGAUUGUGUUGAGCUACUACCAGCAAGUGGAUCAGGACUAGAGCAUGUCCUGGUUACCCAUUAAACAGCAACAGCGCCGGCCAGGCCUAAUCGCAGCGUGUAGCAUUUUGUGGUGCGAUUAAACGCAGAUUUAUGGGCCAAAACUGUUGCGCAAUCUCCUCCACGUGGCCCGGCAUAAAUCGUGUGCAAUUGUCACCAGAUUCGACCACUGACUGCCGUUUCAUUAUCGCCCCAGUAUAGGCAUGGCAUAGUCCGGCAUAGCCCGGCGAGUUACAUGCGUGCUAAUUGACUGCACCGCAGUCCCAGUCUCAAUAUGCACUGGGAUAUUCAGUGUCCAAGUGUCCAGAUGAUAACCGCCACGAUGAAAACGCAUGCUGGGCCCAAAUGAAAAUUAUGUUGCAAUGACUGA